CUGUUCGUACCGUCAAUCCCGUCAUUAUUUCAAUCUGUCGUCGUUUAAAGUUUUGAUUUAUGCAAUUGCAAAAAACAUAUUUAUUUAAACGUCAUCCCUUUUUUACAAUAUUUAUUUAAAUAAUAUAUUUGUAUGUUAAUGAAUGGCCAUUUAAUAAAAAAGAGUCUUUCUUAGUGCCUUAAAAUGUAAUCAUUAGGGUAAAUUGUGCAAACAUUAUAUUCGAUAUUUUUUUUUACGAAUAAAAGAUGUUGUCAUGGGGUUCAAAUUCUCAUGGACAACUAGGGCAAGGAACAGUUACUGAACAAAUUGAAAAUCCAACAAAGGUUACGAUAGACCCCUUAUAUUUUAAUCAAAUAAAACAAAUAUCUUGUGGUGGAGGCCAUACACUCCUAAUAGAUAAUGAAGGAAAAAUGUAUAGUUGUGGGUGGAAUUCAAAGCACCAAUCGGGAACAAAUGAAGAAACACACAGUUUUGUAAGGGUAUGGGAACUAAGUGGUAUAACAUUCACAAACAUCGCAUGUGGCUGGGAUUUCAGUUGUGCUGUUACUGAUAGCAACUUCCUCUUUGUCUGGGGUUCUAACAGAAAUGGACAAUUAGGUUUGCCUAGAGAUCACUUCCCAGAUAUUAUCAAACCAUUUCGAUUACCAAUCAUUGCUUGCUCCGUUUCUAUGGGUUUAAGGCACACAGCUAUUAUAAAUUCUAAAGGUGAAGUAUGGACUACAGGGUGUGGAAGGCAUGGUCAACUUGGGUUGGGAAAUGACAAAUUAUCAUUAGAUAAAUUUGAACAAGUAACAAAACUUGGAACAAUAUCUCAUAUUGCAUGUGGACAAAACUACACAGUAACAUGGUGCUCAGAAGAGAAAGCCUUAUAUGUUUGGGGUGACAAUAAACAUGGACAAUUAUUAUUGAGUACUGAUAAAUAUAAGAAAAUCUUCACACCACAAAAAAUUGAUAUUGGUGUAAAGCAUGGUGUAAAAAAAUUGCUAAGUGGAUGGACUAAUGUUUUACUGUGGCUUGAUAAUGGAACACUUUGUACUUGGGGUAGAAAUAAUUAUGGACAAUUAGGAACAGAAGAGCCUUUUAUAGGAAAAAUAAUCCAUGUAAAAUUGCCAGAUAACAGACAAGUCAAAGAUGUUGCUCUUGGCUCAGAGCAUACUAUUUGUUUAGCAAGUGAUAAUACUCUGUGGGCUUGGGGCUGGAAUGAACAUGCUAAUACAGGAACAAACUCAAAAAAUAAUGUUUUUGUACCGACUUUAGUACCCAUAGAUGGAACAAAUAAAAUAACUGGAAUCUUUGCAGGUGGAGCACAUAAUUUUGUUACUUUAGAGUUAGAUUCAAAUAGCGAUAAUACUGAAAAUAAUAACAAUACUGUAUCAAUUAAUUAAUUGUAAAGGAUUUAAAAAAAGAACAGGAAUAUGAUUUGUAUAUUUGUUUAUUGAUAAAAAUUGUUUAUAUUAUAAUUAUUUAUAAAAAUAUUUAUCUUCAUACCAAAAGCUUCCUCACAUAUGUAAUAGGAGUGCCAAGAUUUUUACUACAUCUGAUGUAAAGAAAUACUGUAUGCACCAAUUAUUAUGCUAAGCAUAGUUCUCCCAUUAUGCCAUAUAAAAAUACAGAUGUAAUUGAUAAAUGAAUUUAUCUUAAUAUUAAAUGAUGUAUUAAUAUAGACAUGAAUUUCCUAUAUACAAAAUUAUUUCUAUUAUCAUAAACAUCAUAUACAAAACAUAAUAGCAUAUUAUUUGCAUUACAUUGUGUAACUAUUUCUUUAUAUGUUAUAAAAUUAUAGACUAGCAUAUCUUUCUACAUAACACUCUAAUAAACAAAAUAGCUUGUCAGUCAGUCAUUGGCUUAAUUGAUUAUUAGUCAAUUUCGUUUAGUGUGAUCAUUUUUCUAGUAAAUAGAUAAGUGCAAGGAUGUUAUUAAAAUACUGUCAAACAUGUACACAUUCUAAUUUAUUUGUCACAUUGUUAUAUGUAACAUAUACUUAAUUAUAACACUAGUAAUAUUACAGCGACUGUGAUAAUUUAUACCAUGGUUUUUUUCUUGUAAGUAUACUUUGAAAUGUUAAAUAUGAAAAGCAAUUACAUAUUUAAUAAAUUGCUUCAAAUGGCAUAAAAUCAACUUUAGAAACUGAAAUUAUUUAAAAAAAAAAGCAAGUAUUUUUCAAUAAAUAUAUUUUUAUUAAUUUUAUUUAGGUCUUAUUUUUUCCAAAUAUCUAUUUACAAUUUUUGUCAUGAAAUUAUAUGCUGCAUCAUACAUGAAAGUAAUUUCAUAAUGUAAGUCAGGCUUUUAAAUUCUAUUCCAAUUACAAGACAAAAUACACUUAGCACAAUUAGUAAACAAUAUUAGUUUUUUUUUAUUUUUUUUUUAUUUAAUAAUUUAUAAAUAAAAAGAACAAAAAGUAAUAAUUUCAAAGUAUAGAAAC